ACAUUGUUCUUUCCAGAAACGAUCGUUUUAAUUUCGUUAUUCUCGAGAAAAAAAGCUGGAAUAAAAAUCAUGAGCGACUCCGAUUCCGACGCCAACGACCAAGCUGGGAACAUUGAACACUUCAACGGUCCGGUGGAAAACGCUUGGCUGCUGAAAAUCCCGGAAUUCAAGAAGGACGAUAAUCCCCAAGGACUGGGAGAGGAGAGUUCGUUCUCUUGUCUAUUUCCGAAAUACCGCGAGAAGUACAUCAAGGAAUGUUGGCCGCUGGUGGAGAAGGCAUUGGAUGGACACCACUUGAAAGCUGAGCUGGAUUUGAUUCAAGGUAACAUGACGGUUAAAACCACCAGGAGUACAUGGGAUCCAUUUAUCGUCCUGAAGGCACGAGACUUGAUAAAACUACUAUCCAGAUCGGUUCCCUUCGAACAGGCAGUUAAGGUUCUGGAGGAUGAAAUCAGUUGCGAUAUUAUAAAAAUUAAGAACCUGGUUCGAAACAAGGCAAAGUUCGUGAAAAGAAGGAAUCGAUUGAUUGGCCCAAACGGAUGUACACUGAAGUCACUGGAGUUGUUGACGAACUGCUAUGUAUUGGUCCAAGGAGCUACAGUUUCUGCCAUUGGCCCUUACAAAGGGUUACAAUGUGUGAGGAAAGUCGUUGAAGAAACGAUGAAGAAUAUUCAUCCAAUCUACAACAUCAAAGCUCUAAUGAUUAAACGAGAGCUUAUGAAAGACGACAAGCUAAAGGAGGAAAACUGGGAACGUUUCCUGCCUAAAUUCCAGUCAAAGAACACGACCAAGCGGAAGAAGCCAAAAGAACAGAAGAAAAAGAAGAACUAUACACCGUUCCCUCCUCCGUUGUUGGAGAGCAAGGUGGACAAAGAGUUGGCUUCUGGAGAAUACUUCCUCACAGAGGCACAGAAAAAGGCCAAACGAAACCAAGAACGGGUCAAUAAGGAGCAAAAGAGCUCCAAUGCUCAAAAACAACGCCGAGAAAAGGACUUCGUUGCACCUGAUGAAAGUAAAUCCAAGAAGGCAGGUGCUGCAACUAACAGCAAUAAAGUCGAUGUGAAGGCGUUGAAGAGUAAAAUCGCGAAAGCGAAUAAGAAAGCUAAGUUGAUUAAAUAAAGUUACCCCUAAUGAAGAAUUCAUAAAU